UUCUUCGGCGGACAGUGUCGGUGACUGUAAUCUUGGUAUUGUAACGGUAGGGUCGCUGCAUUUCGCGUAGGUCGACAAGGUUUUCGUACGUGUCGCGACGCAACUUCUCGAGGAAUAGAAUCGCCUUCGUUCAAAGAUGAAAUUUUUUGCAUUAACGUUCGCAGUAAUUUGUUGCUUCGCCUCCACUCUUGCGAAAAUCGAGAUCGAAGACUCGGUUUUAGUUCUCACGAAGGAUAAUAUUGCAGAAGCUAUCGAACAAAACGAUUACGUGCUCGUUGAAUUUUAUGCACCAUGGUGUGGACAUUGUAAAGCUUUAGCUCCCGAAUAUGCUAAAGCAGCCAAAAAGUUAGAGGAGGGUGGUUUCCCUGUGAAAUUAGCCAAAGUUGAUGCAACUGUUGAAACAGAAUUAGCUGAGAAACAUGGAGUUCGUGGAUAUCCUACUCUUAAAUUCUACCGUAAAGGAUCAGCUAUUGAUUAUGGCGGUGGUCGUCAAGCAGAUGAUAUUGUAAACUGGGUAAUCAAAAAGACUGGUCCAGCAGCUAAAGUUUUGACAACAGUUGAAGAAGCUAAGUCAUUUAUUGAAGCACAAAAUGUUGCCAUCGUUGGAUUCUUUAAGGAUGCGGAAUCAGAUGGGGCAAAAGUAUUUUUAGAGGUUGGUAAUGCUUUAAAUGAUAAUCAUGUAUUUGGUAUAAGUAGCAACGACGAAGUUUUCAAUGAAUAUGGAACAAGUGAUGGUAAAGUUAUUUUGUUUAAAAAGUUUGAUGAAGGCAGAAAUGAAUUUAAUGACGAACUUGAUGUGAAAAAAUUGCAAAAAUUUAUCUCUGUACAUGCACUGCCAUUAGUUGUUGAUUUCAAUCAUGAUACCGCACAAAAGAUAUUUAGUGGUGAUAUUAAAAGUCACCUGCUUGUCUUCCUUAGUAAAGAAGCUGGUCACUUUGAAGAAUAUGUAGAGAAGAUUAAAGAACCAGCAAAGAAAUUCCGUGAAGAGGUNGAUGCACCUGCUAUGCGUAUUAUAGAACUUGAACAGGAUAUGGCUAAAUACAAACCAGAAAAUCCAGAAUUAUCUAGUGAAAACGUUUUGGAAUUUGUAACUGCAUUUACCGAAGGCAAAUUGAAAAGACAUUUGUUUACACAGGAUUUACCCGAAGACUGGGAUAAGAAUCCUGUGAAAGUUCUUGUUGGUGCUAACUUCCAUGAAGUUGCAUAUGAUAAGAAGAAAAACGUUUUAGUUGAAUUUUAUGCUCCAUGGUGUGGACAUUGUCAAAAAUUAGCUCCUAUAUAUGAAGCACUUGGAGAAAAAUACAAAGACCGUGAAGAUUUAGUUAUAGCAAAAAUGGAUGCUACUGCAAAUGAAUUAGAAGAUGUAAAAAUUAUUAAUUAUCCCACAAUUACUCUCUAUAAGAAAGAAACAAAUGAAGCUGUAGAAUACAAUGAUGACAGGACACUUGAAGGACUUUCUAAGUUCAUUGAGUCUGAUGGUGCUUAUGGUCAAGCUGCAGAAGAAGCUCAGGAAGAAGAUGAAGAUGAUGAUGUGCCAAGAAAAGAUGAAUUAUAGAUAUUAUAUCAUCAAAUUCAAUAACUUCUCAUAUCGUUUAUAAAUUUUGUAAUUCUGCUUAAAUGAUAUUAAUUUAUAGAAGACUUCUUAAUCAUUCAUUUCUACUUAGAUUUAUGAAUCAAAUUGUACGAUUAAAAUUUAUUUAUAGUUUUAUAUAGGUUUAUAUAUACAUAUACAUAUGUGUAUGUAUAUAAAAAUAUAUAUCUAUGAUUGGCAUAUUACGGUUGCAAUAUAUACUCCAUAUGACUGAGUUUUUAUGUGAUAAAUUGCACAUGAAGCUAAAACAAUUUGUUUUAUAUAUUUUAGAAUUAAAAUGUAUUUUAUCUGAA